AUGAUUCCCACGCAUCGAUCGCCGGUGCGAUACGUCCGAGACGUGGGAGAGAUCACGGCGCAGUACGAGGUGCUCGAGAAGAUUGGGAGCGGUGGGUUCAGCACCGUGGCCCGGGCGCGCGAGCGCGCGAGUCUUCGCGAGGUGGCGAUAAAGGUGGUGGAUAAGACGAAGUACGCGGCGGGGGACGUGAGCUUCGAGCGCGAGGUGGAGGUGUUGAGUGGGAUCCGACACCCGAAUGUCGUGGAGUUGUACGCGACGUACGUCACCGAGCGAAACGUCUUCAUGGUGUGCGAGUUGGUUCGCGGAGGGGAGUUACUCGAGCGCGUGAGUCAGGCGGGAUCGUUCACGGAGGACGAGGCGAGGGUGGUCAUAACGCAGGUCUUGAGAGCGGUGGCGCACAUGCACGCGCAUAACGUGGUGCACAGAGAUUUAAAGUUGGAGAAUAUUUUGUUAUCCGACGAGCGCGACGCGCGCGGACGAAGCGGCGCGGUGAAGUUGAUCGAUUUCGGCUUGGCGCGGUUCAGAGAGGCGAACGCGCCUUUGCGAACGAUAUGCGGUUCGCCACUGUACAUCGCGCCGGAGAUUUUAGAGCUCGAGACGUCGGCGAACGAGGAGCAGUGUUACUCCACGGCGUGCGACAUGUGGAGCGUCGGCGUCAUCUUGUUCGCCCUGUUAUCCGGGUACUCGCCGUUCGAUCACGAGGACGAGGCGCAAUUGUAUCAAAACAUACGGAACGGGAUCUAUCACCUCGAACCCGGGGUUUGGGAUUUCAUCUCCAAUCCCGCAAAGUCUCUGGUGGCGGGAUUGUUGGAGACGGAUCCCAAGGAACGGUUGAGCGCCGAGCAGGCGCUCGCGCACGAGUGGAUCGUCGCCGCCGGCGCCGGCGCGACCACGGUCUCGAGCUCGGGCGGCGAUGCUUCAGACUCGGGGUGUCAAGCGCCGACGCAAUUGGACAUCGACCGCGCCGAGCGAUUGAAGCACCAGGCUGAGAUUAUUCGUCAGGUGAGAGAGGAAGAGGCGCUCGCGCUGAAACAGGCGAACCGCACGCUCACCGGAGGCAAGCCGCCGACCGAGGUGUUCACUUUCCCCGGCGGCGGCGCCGCGUGA